AUGUCGGACACCACCGGCACAUCUUCCGUGCAUAGUCAGCGGCAAAGAUGCAACAUAGUGAUGCAGCGAAGGCGUCGCCUCUGCUCCAAGUCUUCUACUGUGCGCUCGUCUGCGCAGCGAAUCUCUCGGAAGCCGAGCGCCGUCGAUGCACCUGCUGCCGCCUCCACCGUGGUGCCGGCCUCCCCCGUUUUGGCGUUGCAGAAGCUCGGUUCUGCGAGAAAAGCUGCAAGAGACACGUACGGCAACACCACGCCCAAAGCAAACGGUCUUCACGGGUACGGCCAACGGUCUCGAGCGUCGCCCGGCGAUGGGAACAAUGUCGACACUGCCCUAGAGCACACAUCUCUGCCUGCGACCAACAGGAGUGACGAGUUGCCAAACGUCUUCGGCACCGACUCGUCGUCUACUGCACGAGUUUCCACUCUUCACGACGAUUCACAUGUGUGCCCGGACAGCGCAUCGACAAAAGGGCCGCUGAAGGGCGCCUCAGGGGCUAUGGCGCGCGACGCGCUGUCGUUUGAUGUGUAUGGGGGGCCCGAUGUGUUCAAACCUCACCCUCUGCGGCUGCUGAGGGGGCCAAGGCGAGGUGCUGGGAGCGGGUCUGCCGAAUCCACCUCGGCAGCUGAAGAGGGGUCACUCUGCAAGCAAACCUGCGGUGCUGCGUUCAACAAUGCUGGCGCUGCAGAGCGCGGAACCAGGGGCCGGUCCCUUCUCGCUUACUCGUGCAAUGCGGCGACGCAGGACAAGACGACGCCGCCCCCGAGUGCGCACCUGAACCAGCCUUCAAAAGGCAGCUACCCUUCUAGCACUCCCGCAGCGAAAGGAUUCCCUCCCCGGAACGUCUCAGAGAAUCUGGGCGGCACCAUUAGGGCGAUAGCAACCAUAAACAAUGCCGACUCAAGCAAUGUGCUUGCCUCUCCUCCACUACCCGUUUCUCACAGGCCCAGUGUAGGAUCUGAUGAUGAUGCAGCAUCCAUCACCAGUGCGAGACAGCCUGUGCGAGGGCGGGAUGAGGCAGGCGCGGCAAGAGCGUUGUUGGUGGUGCCGCAGCUGUUUCAUCGCAACGGGUCUACGCCACCUUAUCAACACCUCUCUCCCGUUUGCGGGUCCCUUCCCUCGCAGUCACAGGCGGGCAUGAUGACUGUGGCCGAGACGAAAAGCACGGGGAGCGUCGACUCUUUUUCCGACAAAGGAUCGUUUUCCUCUCGAGCACUGCGCGUCGAGCCUCAAGUUCCGCCAAUGCGACCGUCAGGAUCUGCAGGGGCGACCAAGAAGUCAUUGUUGUCGACGUCGACCCGUAGCGGUGGGUCUGCCAGUACGAAGGUGCCGUCGGCGCACUCCAUCGCUCGACUGCACGCCGCGCCGAUUCCGCUGCGCAAUUUCGGUGCGACGUGCUAUCUGAACUCGGUCGUGCAGUGCCUGCUAUGUACGCCUGGCCUGCUCCGCAAGUUGAACAUUGACCGUCAACGCAUCGUGCGCGAAUGUGAGGGGAGGCGCCGCUCCGAGGCGAAGCAAAAGCCGGACGACACCGAAGGGCAAAGCUGUGCAGAGCGCAAAGCCCCGGCAACGUCUUCACUGAUUGAUUUGGGCACCGCAUGCGCCGCGCACCACGUCGCGGUUCAGCAGCUUCUUGUCAGCCUCAAGGCGGCUUGUGCGGAGUGUAACAAUGAGUUUUCGUCUAAUGGGCAGAAGGACGCGCAUGAGUUUCUCAUCACGUUGCUGGGGGUGAUCGACAAGGAGGUUUGCCGCAGCAAGCCAGGUAACCAGGAAACCUUCAGAGACUUUGAAGAUGAGAAAAAGAGUGAUGUGUACGCGCGAUGGGUGAGCUGGAUGCAGCAGGAAAACGACUCGACCGUGUACGACCUUUUCGGCGGAAUCACCGGCUGCACCGUCAAGUGCUCUAGCUGCGACCUGACCUCCUACCGCUUUGAAGUGUUGCUGCACAUCUCCUUGCCCAUAUCUUACCGUUCCCGCUCACAGGGCGGCGGAACCGACAUCGAGUUGUCCGACGGGAAGUUCGACGGCAAGGCGACGCCUAAAGGGGUCGCUACCGCGGACGAGCUGCUGCGCGAGAUGUUCUUUAGCGAGCGCGGGGAGUCCCUGAAUGGGCCGAUGCAGGUGACGUGCGAGCGUUGCAAGCAGCUGCGAGACAAACGCAUAUGGUAUUCAAUGGAGUAUUGGCCGCCGAUCGUGGUGCUUCAUCUGAAGCGUUUCAACAACGCCGGAGUCAAGGAUGAGACGGCGGUGGUGUUUCCGUACACGUUUCACCCGCACCGGUGCGUCAAGUAUCAGCUGUACAGCGUCUGCUGCCACCGUGGCACUUGCUCCUCCGGGCACUACACGGCGUACACUUACGUGCAGGCGGAUGACAAGAAAUCCGUAGCGCGCAAAAAGGCCCCCACGGUUGCGGCAUUCUCCGAUAUAUACCACCCCUUACUGAAAGGCACGCGAAGCGAUCGCAUCUUCAGCCCCCAGACACUUCCGCGCAGGGGUGGCGCCGGUAUCUUCGGCUGGUUCGACGGUGUCGGCAUAAGAAACGGCGGCAGUAAUGCACGGGCUAGUAGUGAGGCAUUGAGUCCCAAAAGAAACGGAAGGGCUGAUGGGAAAGAUCGAGUCCGUUCGGCAGGGAGGACGGCGAAGGCUGGCAAGUGGUAUCUCUGCAACGACAAAAACAUCACCGAGGUGACAGCGCUGGACGUGCUGUCGAUGACGAAGGAGGCAUACAUCCUUUUCUACCGGCGCGUUGAUGAUGGGGACGGGACGAUCAUCUGA